GCACCAGUCAGCAAAGUGAAUAAGUACUGUGCUUCCUCCAACUUUCAUUCCACUUUGGGAAAAAAGAAUAUCAUCAUGUCAAGCAUUACAAUUGACCCAGAUGUCAAGCCUGGUGAAUAUGUCAUCAAGAGCCUCUUUGCAGAAUUUGCUGUUCAAGCCGAAAAGAAAAUUGAAGUUGUAAUGGCUGAACCCUUGGAGAAGCCAUUGUCUAGAUCUCUUCAAAGAGGUGAAGAUCUUCAGUUUGACCAGUUGAUAAGCUCUAUGAGCUCAGUAGCAGAGCACUGUCUCCCUUCCUUACUUCGCACCUUGUUUGACUGGUACAGACGCCAGAAUGGAACUGAAGAUGAAUCCUAUGAGUACAGGCCUCGGUCUAGCACAAAGUCUAAGGGGGAUGAACAACAACGUGAAAGAGAUUAUCUUCUUGAAAGGAGAGACUUAGCAGUAGAUUUCAUUUUUUGUUUAGUUUUAGUUGAAGUUCUAAAGCAGAUUCCUGUUCAUCCUGUGCCCGAUCCCUUAGUUCAUGAAGUUCUAAACUUAGCUUUUAAGCACUUUAAACAUAAGGAAGGAUAUUCAGGAACCAACACUGGGAAUGUGCAUAUUAUUGCAGAUUUAUAUGCAGAGGUGAUAGGGGUUCUUGCCCAAUCAAAGUUUCAGGCUGUGAGGAAGAAGUUUGUGACAGAAUUGAAAGAACUACGGCAAAAGGAACAGAGCCCACAUGUGGUACAAAGCAUCAUCAGCUUAAUAAUGGGAAUGAAAUUUUUUCGAGUGAAAAUGUAUCCUGUAGAAGAUUUUGAAGCAUCAUUUCAGUUCAUGCAGGAAUGUGCUCAGUAUUUCUUAGAAGUAAAAGAUAAAGAUAUAAAACAUGCACUUGCUGGUUUAUUUGUGGAGAUUCUUAUCCCUGUAGCUGCUGCUGUUAAAAAUGAAGUGAAUGUUCCCUGUUUGAAAAAUUUUGUGGAGAUGCUUUAUCAGACUACUUUUGAACUGAGCUCCAGAAAGAAGCAUUCAUUGGCUCUAUAUCCACUAAUUACCUGCCUUUUGUGUGUCAGUCAGAAACAGUUUUUUUUAAAUAACUGGCAUAUUUUCCUACAGAACUGUUUGUCACAUUUAAAGAAUAAAGAUCCUAAAAUGUCUCGAGUUGCACUGGAAUCUUUGUAUAGAUUGUUGUGGGUUUAUGUAAUUAGAAUAAAAUGUGAAAGCAACACUGUAACUCAAAGUCGUCUUAUGAGCAUAGUGUCAGCACUUUUUCCAAAAGGUUCACGUAGUGUGGUUCCUCGUGAUACACCUCUCAAUAUAUUUGUGAAGAUUAUUCAGUUCAUUGCUCAGGAACGUUUGGAUUUUGCAAUGAAAGAAAUAAUAUUUGAUCUUCUCAGUGUUGGAAAAUCUACUAAAACUUUCACCAUUAAUCCAGAGAGAAUGAACAUAGGCCUCAGAGUCUUCCUUGUAAUAGCAGACAGCUUGCAGCAGAAGGAUGGGGAGCCACCGAUGCCCACGACAGGGGUUAUUCUUCCCUCAGGAAACACUCUUCGUGUCAAGAAAAUUUUUCUCAACAAAACCUUGACAGAUGAAGAAGCAAAAGUCAUAGGAAUGUCAGUGUACUAUCCUCAAGUGCGUAAAGCAUUAGAUAGCAUUCUCAGACAUUUGGACAAAGAAGUUGGGAGACCGAUGUGUAUGACUAGUGUGCAGAUGUCCAAUAAGGAGCCCGAAGACAUGAUUACGGGGGAAAGAAAACCCAAAAUUGAUUUGUUUAGGACUUGUAUUGCUGCUAUUCCAAGGUUGAUUCCUGAUGGCAUGAGCAGAACUGACCUCAUUGAACUGUUAGCAAGGCUCACAAUUCAUAUGGAUGAAGAACUGCGUGCUCUGGCUUUCAAUACCCUCCAGGCACUAAUGCUUGAUUUUCCAGAUUGGCGGGAGGAUGUGCUUUCAGGAUUUGUUUAUUUCGUUGUUCGUGAAGUGACUGAUGUCCAUCCCACGCUUCUUGAUAAUGCUGUAAAGAUGUUGGUACAAUUAAUAAACCAGUGGAAACAAGCAACCCAAGUGCAUAACAAAAACCAAGACUCCCAGCAUGGUGUGGCUAAUGGAGCGUCUCAUCCCCCUCCUCUGGAAAGGAGUCCGUAUUCCAAUGUAUUCCAUGUGGUCGAAGGGUUUGCACUCGUCAUUCUCUGUAGCAGUCGACCUGCCACUAGGAGAUUAGCCGUCAGUGUCCUUAGAGAAAUACGGGCUCUGUUUGCACUUUUGGAAAUACCUAAGGGUGAUGAUGAAUUAGCCAUCGAUGUGAUGGACAGGCUGAGCCCAUCCAUUCUUGAGAGCUUCAUACAUCUCACUGGGGCCGAUCAGACUACUUUGCUGUAUUGCCCUAGUUCGAUAGAUUUACAGACAUUGGCAGAAUGGAACUCUUCUCCUAUCAGCCACCAGUUUGAUGUGAUUAGUCCAUCACACAUAUGGAUAUUUGCACACGUGACCCAAGGCCAAGACCCGUGGAUUAUAAGUCUCUCCAGUUUUUUAAAGCAGGAAAACCUUCCCAAACACUGCUGUACAGCUGUGAGCUAUGCUUGGAUGUUUGCAUACACAAGACUUCAGUUGUUGUCCCCACAGGUUGAUAUAAAUAGCCCCAUCAAUGCUAAGAAAGUGAACACUGCCUCAAGCAGUGACUCCUACGUCGGCCUGUGGAGAAACUACCUCCUCUUGUGCUGCAGUGCGGCGGCCGCCGCGUCCUCUUCCGCGCCGGCGGGGUCUGUGAGGUGCUCCCCUCCCGAGACGCUGGCAUCCACCCCUGAUAGUGGUUACGGCAUUGAUUCCAAGAUAAUUGGCAUCCCAUCCCCUUCAUCCUUGUUUAAGCAUGUAGUUCCAAUGAUGCGCUCUGAGAGCAUGGAAAUCACAGAAUCCCUUGUUCUAGGUCUUGGCAGGACCAACCCAGGAGCUUUUAGGGAACUAAUAGAGGAAUUGCAUCCCAUAAUUAAAGAAGCACUCGAAAGAAGGCCAGAGAAUAUGAAGCGGCGCAGGCGUCGAGACAUUUUGCGAGUACAACUGGUACGAAUAUUUGAACUGCUGGCAGAUGCUGGUGUCAUUAGUCACAGUGCAAGUGGUGGCCUUGAUAAUGAAACACAUUUCCUCAACAACACUUUAUUGGAAUAUGUAGAUUUAACUAGACAACUCCUGGAAGCAGAAAAUGAAAAAGACUCUGACACACUGAAGGAUAUCCGAUGCCAUUUUAGUGCCUUAGUGGCGAAUAUCAUUCAGAAUGUUCCAGUGCACCAGAGAAGAAGUAUCUUCCCUCAACAGAGCCUUCGUCACAGUCUGUUUAUGCUGUUCAGUCACUGGGCAGGUCCUUUUAGCAUCAUGUUUACACCCUUGGACAGAUACAGUGACAGAAAUAUGCAAAUUAACAGACAUCAGUACUGUGCACUGAAGGCUAUGUCUGCUGUACUGUGUUGUGGCCCUGUUGCAGAUAAUGUGGGACUUUCAUCAGAUGGCUAUUUGUACAAAUGGUUGGAUAACAUUUUGGACUCUCUGGACAAAAAGGUGCAUCAGUUGGGCUGUGAGGCAGUUACAUUACUGCUGGAGCUGAACCCGGACCAGAGCAACCUGAUGUACUGGGCUGUGGAUCGAUGUUACACUGGUUCCAAGAGAGUGGCAGCCGGCUGCUUUAAAGCCAUAGCUAAUGUAUUCCAGAACAGGGAUUAUCAGUGUGACACGGUGAUGCUCCUAAAUCUGAUACUGUUUAAAGCAGCUGAUUCUUCUCGAAGUAUCUAUGAAGUUGCUAUGCAACUUUUACAGAUCCUGGAACCGAAGAUGUUUCGCUAUGCUCACAAAUUGGAACUUCAGAGAACGGAUGGAGUACUCAGCCAGCUGUCUCCGCUGCCGCAUCUGUAUUCUGUUUCAUACUAUCAGUUGUCCGAGGAAUUAGCAAGGGCCUAUCCUGAGCUAACUCUUGCCAUAUUCUCAGAGAUAAGCCAGAGAAUUCAGACAGCUCACCCUGCUGGGAGGCAAGUAAUGCUGCACUAUCUCUUACCGUGGAUGAACAACAUUGAGUUGGUAGAUCUAAGACCUUUGCCCACAGCAAGGCGGCAUGAGGAAGAUGAAGACGACUCCUUAAAAGACCGAGAACUUAUGGUGACUAGCAGGCGCUGGUUGCGAGGAGAAGGCUGGGGAUCUCCACAGGCCACUGCGAUGGUUUUGAAUAAUCUAAUGUACAUGACAGCAAAGUACGGGGACGGGCUGGCCUGGUCGGAGGUGGAGAAUGUGUGGACCACGCUUGCAGACGGCUGGCCAAAAAACCUGAAAAUCAUUCUGCACUUUCUGAUCAGCGUUUGUGGAGUGAAUAGUGAACCAAGCCUCUUGCCUUACGUGAAGAAAGUUAUUGUCUAUUUAGGUAGAGACAAAACAAUGCAGUUGCUGGAAGAGCUGGUGAGUGAGCUGCAGCUGACCGAUCCCGUCAGCUCAGGCGUCACGCACAUGGACAACCCCCCGUAUUACCGAAUCACUUCCAGCUGCAAAAUCCCUUCGGUCACCUCAGGAACUACUUCCAGUAGCAAUACAAUGGUAGCUCCCAUAGAUGGCAAUCCUGAUAAUAAGCCCAUUAAAGAGAAUAUUGAAGAGAGCUAUGUGCACCUAGACAUCUACAGUGGACUAAGCAGUCACUUAAAUCGUCAACAUCACAGACUAGAAUCUCGAUACAGUAGCAGCUCUGGAGGAUCUUAUGAAGAAGAAAAAAGUGAUUCAAUGCCACUUUAUUCUAAUUGGCGACUGAAAGUGAUGGAGCAUAAUCAAGGAGAGCCACUACCCUUCCCACCAGCUGGAGGCUGCUGGUCACCACUGGUGGAUUACUUGCCUGAAACGUCAUCACCUGGAUUACCUCUUCACAGGUGUAACAUAGCCGUGAUCCUUUUGACCGAUCUGAUCAUUGAUCACAGUGUGAAGGUGGAAUGGGGAAGCUACCUCCAUCUUCUUCUUCAUGCAAUUUUUAUAGCGGGCGUUGGUGAUUUUAUACCUGAUUACCAGCCCUCCCCCAUGACUGACUCAGGGCUUAGCUCAAGUUCUACCUCUUCUAGUAUCAGCUUAGGAAAUAACAGCGCUGCCAUUUCCCAUCUGCACACCACUAUCCUCAAUGAGGUCGACAUCUCAGUAGAGCAGGAUGGAAAAGUCAAAACCCUCAUGGAAUUCAUUACCUCAAGAAAAAGAGGGCCCCUUUGGAACCAUGAGGAUGUUUCGGCCAAGAAUCCUAGCAUAAAGAGUGCUGAGCAGUUAACUACAUUUUUGAAACAUGUGGUUUCUGUUUUUAAGCAGUCAAGCUCAGAAGGAAUGCAUUUGGAACAUCAUCUUAGUGAAGUUGCUCUGCAAACAGCACUUUCUUGUUCUUCUCGACACUAUGCUGGGAGAUCCUUCCAGAUUUUCAGGGCCCUAAAGCAGCCUCUUUCUGCAACUACACUUUCUGAUGUUCUCUCCAGACUUGUAGAAACUGUAGGGGACCCAGGGGAAGAUGCACAGGGAUUUGUGAUUGAGCUUCUUCUCACAUUGGAAUCUGCAAUUGAUACUUUGGCUGAAACCAUGAAGCAUUAUGAUCUUCUUUCUGCCCUUUCUCAAACCUCAUACCAUGAUCCUAUAAUGGGAAACAAGUAUGCAGCUAACAGGAAAAGCACUGGACAACUCAAUCUAAGCACAAGUCCCAUUAGUAGUAGCAGUUACUUGGGAUAUAACAGUAAUGCAAGAAGUAACUCUCUGAGAUUAAGUUUAAUUGGUGACCGAAGAGGUGACCGGCGGCGGAGUAACACACUGGAUAUAAUGGAUGGACGGAUAAACCAUAGCAAUAGUUUAGCAAGGACUAGAAGCCUUUCCUCUCUGAGAGAGAAGGGAAUGUAUGAUGUGCAGUCCACUACUGAGCCUACCAACUUGAUGGCCACCAUUUUUUGGAUAGCAGCAUCUUUAUUAGAAUCAGAUUAUGAAUAUGAAUACCUCCUGGCUCUUAGGCUUCUCAACAAACUGCUUAUCCAUUUGCCUUUGGAUAAAUUGGAGAGUCGAGAGAAGAUUGAAAAUGUACAAAGCAAAUUGAAAUGGAAUAACUUUCCAGGCCUUCAGCAGCUCUUCCUUAAGGGUUUUACCUCAGUCUCUACGCAAGAAAUGACCGUGCACCUCCUCAGUAAACUCAUUGCUGUUUCCAAACACACGCUGGUGGAUCCUUCCCAGUUGUCAGGCUUUCCUCUUAACAUCCUUUGCUUAUUGCCUCACUUAAUCCAGCAUUUUGACAGCCCAACUCAGUUUUGCAAAGAAACAGCUAGUCGAAUAGCAAAGGUGUGUGCCGAAGAAAAAUGCCCAGCACUUGUCAAUCUGGCUCACAUGAUGAGCUUGUACAGUACACACACGUAUUCCAGAGACUGUUCUAACUGGAUCAAUGUCGUAUGUAGAUAUCUACAUGACUCCUUCUCAGAUACUACAUUUAAUCUUGUGACUUAUCUUGCAGAGCUGUUAGAGAAAGGAUUGUCCAGCAUGCAGCAAUCAUUACUACAGAUCAUCUAUAGUCUUUUGAGUCACAUUGACCUUUCUGCUGCCCCAGUCAAGCAGUUUAAUCUGGAGAUCAUAAAGAUUCUUGGCAAAUAUGUACAGAGUCCUUAUUGGAAGGAAGCCCUUAACAUAUUAAAACUGGUGGUGUCUCGCUCUGCAAGUCUUGUUGUACCCAAUGAUAUACCCAAGACCUAUGGAGGAGAUAUAGGUUCUUCUGAAAUAUCCUUCACCAAGAUUUUUAAUAAUGUCUCUAAGGAGUUGCCUGGGAAGACCUUAGAUUUUCAUUUUGAUAUAUCUGAGACACCAAUUAUUGGAAAUAAAUACGGCGACCAGCCUAGCGCAGCUGGGAGGAAUGGGAAACCGAAAGUUAUUGCCGUUACCAGGAGUACUUCCUCCACUUCUUCUGGUUCUAAUUCUAAUGCCUUGGUUCCCGUUAGUUGGAAAAGGCCACAGUUAUCACAGCGAAGAACAAGAGAAAAGCUAAUGAAUGUGCUUUCUCUCUGUGGUCCAGAAUCUGGCCUUCCAAAGAAUCCAUCAGUUGUGUUUUCUUCUAAUGAGGAUUUGGAAGUCGGGGACCAACAGACCAGCCUGAUUUCUACAACAGAAGACAUGAUCCAGGAGGAAGAAGUCGUCGUGGAGGAUAACAGCAGUGAACAACAGUUUGGCGUUUUUAAGGAUUUUGACUUUUUAGAUGUUGAAUUGGAAGAUGCAGAGGGUGAAAGUAUGGACAACUUCAACUGGGGAGUCCGCAGGCGCUCACUGGAUAGCAUCGACAAGGGGGACACUCCGUCCCUCCAGGAGUACCAAUGCUCCAGCAGCACGCCCAGCCUGAACCUAACCAACCAGGAGGAUACAGAUGAGUCGUCAGAAGAGGAGGCAGCGCUCACAGCAAGCCAGAUACUCUCACGCACGCAGAUGUUGAACAGUGAUGGUGCUGCGGAUGAAACGAUACCAGACCAUCCCGAUUUACUUCUUCAGUCACAAGAUUCCACGGGCAGCGUCUCAACAGAAGAAGUGCUUCAAAUCAGAGAUGAGACCCCAAGUUUGGAGGCUUCUCUAGAUAAUGCUAACAGCCAGCUGCCUGAGGAUACAAGUUCAGUAUUAAAGGAGGAACAGGCUAUUACAAACUUUGUUGAAGAUGAAGGUUCAUACAUGAUUCAAGAACAGCAGGAUUCUCUUGUGUGUCGGGGGAUUCUGGACUUAGAAGACACUGACAUGCCAGAGCCCUUAGCUCCCGAAAGCUACCCUGAGUCAAUCUGUGAAGAAGAUGUUACCUUAGCUUUGAAAGAACUAGAUGAACGAUGUGAAGAAGAAGAAGCUGAUUUCUCUGGACUGUCUAGUCAAGAUGAAGAAGAGCAAGAUGGCUUCCCAGAAGUCCAGACAUCACCUCCUCCAUCACCGUUUCUUUCUGCCAUAAUAGCUGCGUUUCAGCCGGUAGCGUGUGAUGACGAGGAAGAAGCCUGGCGCUGCCAUGUCAACCAGAUGCUGUCUGACACCGAUGGGUCCUGCGCAGUGUUCACUUUUCAUGUGUUUUCCAGGCUGUUUCAGACAAUUCAAAGAAAGUUUGGAGAUAUAACUAAUGAGGCAGUCAGCUUUCUUGGUGAGAGUCUGCAACGCAUUGGUACCAAAUUUAAAAGUUCACUGGAAGUGAUGAUGAUGUGUUCAGAAUGCCCAACAGUGUUUGUGGAUGCUGAAACAUGGUUAGACAACUGUAAGAGGACAUUUGGUGCCAAAGAAGACCUGUAUAGGAUAAACACAGAUGCACAGUAUUCUGCAGAUAAAUUGUCUAGUUGGGAAAGCAAACCUGAGAGUAACGUUACAUACAUUCAUGUUGGCCUCUCUAAAGGUGAAAUUGUGAUUGGAUAA